UAAGGGAUCGAAACUACAGAACAUAGAGGACAGUAUAAAUCUUCAGCUGACUUCAAACAUGAAACUUUCAACAGCUGUUGUGGCGAUGUUUCUGGUUCUCUGCGUUACACAAGCAAUUGCUUCAGUGAUUCCAAAUGGGAAAACAAUGGAUGAGAGAAUUUUGGCAAAGGAGUACAAUCCUCACCCAAUGGAGAGUGAAACAAAAGAAUCAGAGACAGACGAGGGAAGAGAUCUAGAGUAUUUUCACGUUCCAGCUAAUAACCAAGAUAACCGAACUGCGGCCGCUGACUAUUUAGUGGAUUUCAAAACUAACGAGUUCCUUCGGCGCGUUGACAGAGACGGUGUUUGCUAUCUUGGAACACUGCCGGACAAAUUAUCUAAACGAAGUAACCUACAGACUGCGUUGAGAGAGGUUUUUGAUACUCCUCCUUCUCCGCAAAAUCAUAACAUAGUGGGAGACUACUGGGUCGUGACAGAGAAAGUCGAUGAGCCUCUUAGAGAAGAAAUCCAAAAAUUCUGUGAUCCAGGUUUUCCAAUCUAUCGUGUAAAAAAAGUUGAACUAGUUACUACUGAUGAGGGCGAUGGCGACGACAGAGGCACUCGUAGAGCCAGAGGUGCUCCUCCUUCAAAAGCGAGGUUUCCACCGUUUUGCUCCGCAUCUUUUCCCACUGAUUGCAAUCCCAGUAAAUGGUUGUAUUACUACAAGAUCAAAGAUCGGCACUGUACAUGGUGGUUAAGAUGUAGCGUCAACAUCCUUAAGAAUACUAUUGAUUGCAGUGACACCAAGUGGGAUCACUGGUAUGACUCUAUACUCUGCUACGAGCCUCGCUGCCCAUAA